AUAUAGAAAAGAAUACAACAGUUGUUUACGUUGUUCGUUAUUGUUUAGCUCAAGCCGAAGAAUUCCGGGAAGAAAAAAAUGGAGAAUCCUCUACAGCUGAAGUGCUUGAAUCACGUUUCACUAUCGUGUAGAUCAGUUGAGAAAUCCGUGGAGUUCUAUCAGGAUGUUCUAGGGUUUUUUCCCAUCAAAAGACCCGGUUCCCUUGAUUUCUCUGGUGCAUGGCUGUUCAGCUAUGGUAUUGGUAUCCAUCUUCUCCGAUCAGAAAAUACUGAAAGCAUGCCUAAGAUUGGACGUAUUAAUCCCAAGAACAAUCAUAUUUCUUUCCAUUGCCAGUGCGAUAGCAUGGAGACAUUGGAGAACAAAUUGAAAGAGCUGAAUAUAGAAUACGCAAAGGGCAGUGUAGAAGAAGGUGGAAUCCGAGUCGAUCAACUCUUCUUUCACGAUCCCGACGGUAACAUGAUUGAGCUAUGCAACUGCAACAACAUACCUAUAAUUCCUCUGCCCGUCGAUGCUAUCCAGUCAUGUUCUCUGACCAACUGCAACGCACGACGACAACGGCAGCAACAGCAACAACUACAGCAACAGAAGAUUGAGCAUCCAGUAGAAAUCUAG